AUGGAAUCGGAAAGUAAAGGAUAUAUAACAGUCAAAAGGAUUCUAGCUUUAUUGAUACUGUCUCUACUGUUCUUUGCAGAAUAUCGAAAUAUCCCAAAAGGUGACGUAUCUGAUAACUAUCCCCCAGCUCCAAGCUUACAAAAACGAAAAGAUGCCAAAACAUUAGACAGCGCAAGCUUUAACGGGAGCCGGAAGUCACCUACAUCAAACCGGAAGAUGGUUAUAAUACUAGCCUACAUGCACACUGGAUCAACGUAUAUUGGCAGUAUUUUUCAACACCACAAAGGUUCAUUUUACGAGUUUGAGAACCUACGAAGUCAUAUGUAUUCAACAAGGGCAGGAAAAGUUAUACAUUUUCUAAACGGAACAAGUCAAAGGCUACAACCACAUCCAGAUGUGUUGAAUGUUCAUCAUAACGUACAUCCUGUGGUAGGAGCAGAGGCUGUGAGGAAAAUGAUCACGUGUAACCAUCAGGACCUUGACCUUGCUACAUUAGCUAAUCAUUACUUUCCAAUCAGACACCCUGUUAACAGACAUCUUGUGCCGUUCUUGACUUGUCAGGAAAAGUUGUACGGAAAAAGAACUGCGCUAUAUUCGGUUAGUGCUCUCAAAUAUGUUGACAAUAAAAUGCUGAAGAAUACGCCACAUGCUAUGGAAAUUGUUCGGACAUGUUUGCCGUUACUCACUAAUAGAUGUAAACGAUCAAAAAUAGUCGUUGAAAAAUUUAUACGAAUGACAAUGGAGAUGGUAAAAGAUUUAUUCCAAAGCUUUAGAAAUUUAAAAAUAAUUCAUUUAUUUAGAGAUCCUCGGGCUAUGUUAGAUUCCCAGGCGAGGAACGGCGACAGUAAUGCCAAUGUCUUAUCAACUUUUAAAGGACGUGCCAAAUAUAUCUGUCAGCAAAUGUCUACAGAUCGUACAAUAGCAAAAGAACUCGAUAUAAUGUAUCCAGGACAAAUUUAUACACUUCGAUAUGAAGACAUGGUAGAUUUACCUUUAGAUACGAUUCGAAAGGUGUUUAACUUUAUUGACGUACCUUUCACGAAAACAGAUGAACUGUUUGUUAAAUCUCUUAGUAGGAAGAAACCUGCUCCGCUUAGUGCAUGGAGGAAACAUAUGACGGCACAAUCUCUAAGUAUUAUAGACGAAUACUGUAGUUCGUUGUACAAAGAAUUAGGCUAUAUUGAGUUUAAAAAUUUAACUGCUGUGAAAGAUCCGCGGCAAAAAGACCAUUUUUGA